AUGACUGCUCACGUCUUGCCUGCCAGCAGAUUUUUCCUGGCAUCCACCACGCUUCCGCUUCCCCUUUGGCGUCCAGUGGCUUUGCUAGAGGCAGAUUCUUCGGACAGGUGAGGCCGGCGCCACGACGCCCAUAGCAUGUAGGAAGGGCCGCAGGAUGCUCACAAAUCAUACGGUGGCCCAGUACGCAUGUGGCUACGGAGUCUGAAGUGCUAAAUACUGCUCUUUGUGUACUGAAUGCCGCAGACUAGGAGACUCCCCACCCCGUUUAUCUAUCCAUCAUGCCGGAACUCGUACAGAAGCACCUGGCGGUGCAGGAUCUGACCAAGCUCAAGAUCGAGGAGCUCACUCCGCUCACCCCGGAGGUCAUUAGUCGUCAGGCCACCAUUAACAUCGGUACUAUUGGUCACGUCGCCCACGGUAAGUCUACAGUGGUGAAGGCCAUUUCGGGCGUGCAGACGGUGCGUUUCAAGAACGAGCUGGAGCGUAACAUUACCAUCAAGCUCGGCUAUGCCAACGCCAAGAUCUACCGCGCUGAGAACGGCACAGGCAUCGGCUGCUACCGCGCCUUUGGCAGCUCCAAGCCUGACCGCUUCGUGGACGAGAACGAUGAGAAGAUGACGUGGGUGCUGCAGCGUCACGUGUCGUUCGUGGACUGCCCUGGUCACGACAUUCUCAUGGCUACGAUGCUUAACGGUGCCGCCGUCAUGGACGCCGCUCUGCUGCUGGUUGCAGGCAACGAGGUGUGUCCGCAGCCGCAGACGUCCGAGCACUUGGCUGCUAUUGAGAUCAUGCGACUUCAGAACAUCAUCAUCCUGCAGAACAAGGUGGAUCUCAUCAAGGAGGACGCGGCCGUGGCUCAGCAUGAGCAGAUCAAGAAGUUCGUGGCCGGUACGGUGGCCCACGACGCGCCCAUUAUCCCUAUCUCGGCCGUGCUCAAGUACAACGUGGACGUUGUGUGCGAGUACAUUUGCCGCAACAUCCCCAUCCCCAAGCGCGACUUCACGUCCAAGCCCAAGCUCAUUGUCAUCCGUUCGUUCGAUGUCAACAAGCCCGGUGAGGACGUCGAGAACCUCAAGGGUGGUGUCGCUGGUGGCUCUAUUCUGGAAGGUGUGCUGCGUGUGGGCGACGAGAUCGAGGUGCGCCCGGGUAUCGUGAGCAAGGACGAGGAAGGUAAGAUGACGUGUGUGCCCAUCUUCUCGCGCAUUGUGUCGCUGUACGCUGAGAAGAACGACCUGCAGUUCGCUGUCCCCGGUGGACUGAUCGGUGUAGGAACGCACAUUGACCCCACGCUCACGCGUUCGGAUCGUCUGGUGGGUCAGGUGCUGGGUCUCAAGGGCAGUCUGCCGCACGUGUUCACGGAGCUGGAAAUCAACUUCUACCUGCUCAAGCGUCUGCUGGGUGUCAAGACUCAGGAAGGUAGCAAGGCCUCCAAGGUGCAGAAGCUGUCGAAGGCCGAGGUGCUUAUGGUGAACAUUGGCUCCACCGCCACGGGUGGCAAGGUGCUGGCUGUGAAGCAGGAUCUGGCCAAGAUUCUGCUCACGGUCCCCGUGUGCACGCAGGAGGGAGAGAAGAUUGCCAUCAGUCGCCGAAUUGACAAGCAUUGGCGUCUCAUCGGUUGGGGCCAGAUCCGCCGUGGCAGCCGGAUCGAGAUCGCCGACUCCGAAUAGAUACAUAUCCCCGUCCAGUUCGCCUCGUGUCGCUGCAGCGAAGAGGAAAAGGAAGCAAGGAAAGGAUCAGUUGGAGAUGGAAGAGCGAAUAGCGGGGUCUGCAGCUCGUGUAGUAAUGGUAAUUCCAGUUUCAAGCUUUCCAUUCUUUUCGGUUCAUGUCGGAGCAAGAGUUAGGAGACGCACAAGGGGAAGCAGCAUACACUACUUAAUGCAAGGUACAUGUAUGACUUGCAUACUUGCUGUCUUAUCUAGCACGAUGGAGAACAGAAUACCCUCUUAUCACCGCCAAUCUAAUGCAAAGAAGCACAAUACUACUGCAACGACCUUACUGGGCGAAGAUGUAGAUGGCAGGCUUACCAGGUGACGCCGUCUCCAUCUUCUUCGCGUCCGCGUUCGGGAUCUCCUCACCCACGUAGUAGAACUGGAACAAAGAAAUAACACCCGUAAGAACCGCAUACUUCACCAAGCCACCUCGCUGCAGCCAUCUUACCUCGAUGUCUUGGAGGUCCAGCGACCGGCAGAGGUACAGCUUGUUAGAGGCAAGCACGCUCUUCUGGUCGUACGGCAUCCUGUAUCAUCAUAACAGUCACGAAACAAUAACAUGAAUGACCCAUUCAGCAAUG